CGCGGCGGCGGCUGGGCAGUGCCGGGCGCGGACUUGGGGGGCCGAGGCCCUGCCGCAGGGCCGGGGACGUGGUCGUCGUUUCCCUCCCGGAGAGGCCGGCGCGGCCGGGGACCGAGCGGCGAGAUGAACUUCCUCCGCGGGGUGAUGGGGGGUCAGAGUACCGGCCCGCAGCACACCGAAGCCGAGACGAUUCAAAAGCUUUGUGACCGAGUAGCUUCAUCUACUUUAUUGGAUGAUCGAAGAAACGCUGUGCGGGCUCUCAAAUCAUUAUCCAAGAAGUACCGCUUGGAAGUGGGAAUCCAGGCUAUGGAACAUCUUAUCCAUGUUUUACAAACAGAUCGUUCGGACUCUGAAAUAAUAGGUUAUUCUUUGGAUACACUAUAUAAUAUAAUAUCUAAUGAUGAAGAGGAAGAAGUAGAAGAAAAUUCCACAAGACAGAGUGAGGAUUUGGGAAGCCAGUUUACAGAAAUUUUCAUUAAACAGCCAGAAAAUGUCACUCUCCUGUUAUCUUUAUUGGAGGAGUUUGAUUUCCAUGUCCGCUGGCCUGGUGUAAAGCUUCUGACUUCUCUUUUAAAACAACUAGGGCCUCAGGUGCAGCAAAUUAUUUUAGUCAGUCCCAUGGGUGUUUCAAGAUUGAUGGAUUUAUUAGCAGAUUCCAGGGAAGUAAUACGUAAUGAUGGUGUCUUACUACUGCAAGCACUAACAAGAAGCAAUGGAGCAAUCCAGAAAAUUGUGGCUUUUGAAAAUGCUUUUGAGCGACUACUGGACAUUAUUACAGAGGAGGGGAACAGUGACGGAGGUAUAGUUGUGGAAGAUUGUUUGAUUUUGCUUCAAAACUUGCUAAAAAACAACAAUUCCAAUCAAAAUUUUUUCAAAGAAGGCUCAUAUAUUCAACGUAUGAAACCUUGGUUUGAAGUUGGAGAUGAAAAUUCAGGCUGGUCUGCACAAAAAGUGACUAAUUUACAUCUAAUGCUACAGCUUGUGCGAGUGCUGGUGUCACCCACCAACCCUCCUGGUGCUACCAGUAGCUGCCAGAAGGCUAUGUUCCAGUGUGGACUACUGCAGCAGCUUUGCACUAUCCUAAUGGCUACCGGAAUUCCUGCUGAUAUCCUGACGGAGACCAUAAAUACAGUAUCAGAAGUUAUUCGAGGCUGCCAAGUAAACCAAGACUACUUUGCUUCUGUGAAUGCACCUUCCAACCCACCAAGGCCAGCAAUCGUAGUACUUCUCAUGUCCAUGGUUAAUGAAAGGCAGCCAUUUGUACUGCGAUGUGCUGUUCUCUAUUGCUUCCAGUGUUUCCUGUAUAAAAAUCAAAAAGGACAAGGAGAAAUUGUGGCAACACUUCUUCCUUCUACUAUUGAUGCAACAGGUAAUUCAGUCUCAGCUGGCCAGUUGUUAUGUGGAGGUUUGUUUUCUACUGAUUCACUUUCAAACUGGUGUGCUGCUGUGGCCCUUGCCCAUGCUUUGCAAGAAAAUGCUACUCAGAAAGAACAACUGCUCAGGGUUCAACUUGCUACAAGUAUUGGCAACCCUCCAGUUUCUUUACUGCAACAGUGUACCAACAUCCUGUCACAGGGCGAUAAGAUCGACAGACGGGGAAGCAAAAUACAGACAAGAGUCGGAUUACUAAUGUUGCUUUGUACCUGGCUAAGCAACUGUCCCAUUGCAGUAACACAUUUUCUUCACAAUUCUGCCAAUGUUCCAUUUCUUACAGGACAGAUUGCAGAAAACCUUGGAGAAGAAGAGCAGUUGGUCCAAGGCUUAUGUGCCCUUCUGUUGGGUAUUUCAAUUUACUUCAAUGAUAACUCACUUGAGAACUACGUGAAGGAGAAAUUAAAACAACUAAUAGAGAAGAGGAUUGGCAAAGAGAAUUUCAUAGAGAAACUAGGAUUUAUUAGCAAACAUGAACUGUACUCCAGAGCAUCACAGAAACCCCAGCCAAACUUUCCCAGUCCAGAAUACAUGAUAUUCGAUCAUGAAUUCACAAAGCUGGUAAAAGAACUUGAAGGUGUUAUAACUAAGGCUAUUUAUAAGUCCAGUGAAGAAGACAAAAAGGAAGAGGAGGUAAAGAAAACAUUAGAGCAGCAUGACAACAUCGUGACUCACUAUAAAAAUAUGAUUCGAGAACAAGAUCUGCAACUAGAAGAUUUAAAACAGCAGGUUUCUACAUUAAAAUGUCAAAAUGAACAGCUCCAGACAGCAGUCACACAGCAAGUAUCUCAAAUUCAGCAGCACAAAGAUCAAUAUAAUCUUCUUAAAAUACAGUUAGGGAAAGACAAUCAUCACCAAGGUUCUUACAAUGAUGGAGCUCAGAUGAAUGGCAUUCAGCCAGAAGAAAUCAGUAGGUUGCGAGAAGAAAUAGAAGAAUUAAAAAGUAACCAGGAACUUUUGCAAAGCCAGUUGGCUGAAAAGGACUCUUUGAUUGAAAAUUUGAAAUCUCCAACAUCUGGCAUGAAUGAGCAGUCUUCAGCAACAGCCUCAGCUAGAGAUUCUGAACAAGUUGCAGAAUUAAAACAGGAGGUGGCAGCAUUGAAGGCUCAGCUAAACGCAAAGUCUGUAGAGAUUACACGACUACAGACAGAAAAGCAUGACUUACUACAGAAAACAGAAGCAUUUUCAAAAUCAGUUCCUGUACAAGGAGAGAGUGAAAAUGUAAUAGCUGCUAAAACUACUGAUGUAGAAGGAAGACUAUCUGCAUUACAACAAGAGACCAAAGAACUGAAGAAUGAAAUUAAAGCUCUGUCUGAGGAAAGGACUGCCAUUAAAGAGCAGCUGGAUUCAUCUAACAGCACAAUUGCCAUUUUACAAAAUGAGAGGGACAAACUAGAGUCGGAAAUCACAGAUUCUAAGAAAGAACAAGAUGACCUCCUGGUGCUGCUGGCUGAUCAAGACCAGAAAAUACUGUCGCUGAAGAGCAAACUCAAGGACCUCGGCCAUCCAGUUGAAGAAGAGGAUGAACUCGAAUCUGGAGACCAAGAAGAUGAGGAUGAAGAAAAUGAAGACAUCAAGGACCAGGAUAGUAUCUAGCAUUAAACUCUAGGAAUGGUAGAGGUUGUCUUGUUACUUUGAAGACAGAGUUUGAAACAGUGCUUUGUUUCCUUCCACCGAAAAUAAAGAUUUAGAAAACAAGUGGAAACAUUCACUAAUAAGACUUUUGAUGUAUUUUUUAAAUGUUGCCACCCAUGUUGAAAAUGCUAAACCCCUUAACUUUAUGUGGAACACAUGUUUUACUUAAAUUUCUGUGAAAUGUCACAAAUACAAUUUGCAAGGAUCAUUAGACACCAGAAAUAUACCAUUCUAAGGCAUGUGGUCGGCAAUGCUGUUUGCCUUCUUAGGUUGUUGGUUUACCUUUCAGAAUUUGUGACUUGUAGUACUAACACAUUUGAUUAAAUGUGUAUUGAAUUGGAAUCAUUGUUUCUAAAUUCAGCAUUUGAGUUCUUCACGGAUGAUUUCCUUUUCAAGGGAGGAGUUUCCCUGACUCUAUCCGCAGCCUCCCGUCUGCCUCCCGUCUGACGUGACUCCCAAGAUGAGCAGGACGGGGCAGCGUGGAGCGGGAGCUUUGCCCCUUGGUAGGGCUGCGUUCUGUACCCGUGAAGACCUGAACACUGACUGGCACGUGGAGAGGAGGAUGGGGAUGCGAAACGGGAAACGUCAUUGGUUUUUCUCUUUACUUUAAGCUCAACAAAUAGUUAACAGAUUAUACGUUGACAGCUCAUGCAACUCAGAUUUUAUCAUUGUUAGAUGACCAUAAAACGUUCCUAGUUUUAAAAAGACUCGAACUAUGAUUUAUAUAAUUUAUUGGCAUUUUUUGCUGAAUAGGUUUAAGUAAGAUAAUAGAUUUUUUAAAAGCAGAUGAAGUGUCAAAAGUUUAAUGUUUUCAUAAUAAAAAUAGAUAUUAUGUUCACUUAAA